AUGGGAAGUCCCUUCCAAGCCCCCCUCUUCCUGGUUUUAUGCAUCUUUAUCCAGUCAAGUGCCUGCGGACAAGGCUUGGGAACAGAGCCAUUUGGAAGAAGUUAUGGAGCUACUGACAUAAGGAAACCAUUACAGAAGACAGAGACCAGAUUCCUGCUCUUCAAAAGUGAAAGUGAUCGCCUAGGCUGUCAGCUCCAAGUCCAGCACCCAGAAACGCUGCAAGAGUGUGGCUUCAACACCUCCCAGCCGCUGGUCAUGAUCAUCCACGGGUGGUCGGGCUCAGAAAGAGCUACCUUGGGGAAAAAUUCAGACAGUGAUUCUCAGAUGGAUGGCUUGCUAGAAACUUGGAUCUGGAAGCUAGUGGGUGCACUGAAGUCCCGACAGUCCCAGCCGGUGAACGUAGGGUUUGUGGAUUGGAUCUCCCUGGCACACCAACACUACGCUGUCGCUGUCCGCAACGCCCGUGUUGUAGGCCAGGAGGUGGCUGCUCUUCUCCUGUGGCUGGAGGAAUCUGUGAAGUUUCCUCAGAGCAAAGUUCACCUAAUCGGCUACAGCCUGGGAGCGCAUGUCUCGGGAUUCGCAGGCAGCUCCAUGGGUAGAAAGCACAAGAUUGGAAGAAUCACAGGGCUGGACCCCGCAGGCCCUUUGUUUGAGGGCACUUCCCCCAGCGACCGUCUUUCUCCAGAUGAUGCCAGUUUUGUGGACGCCAUUCACACCUUUACCCAGAGGCGCAUGGGCCUGAGUGUGGGCAUCCAACAGCCCAUUGCCCACUAUGACUUCUACCCCAAUGGCGGCACCUUCCAGCCCGGCUGCCACUUCCUGGAGCUCUACAAACACAUUGCAGAGCAUGGCUUAAAUGCCAUAACCCAGACCAUCAAAUGUGCCCAUGAGCGCUCGGUGCACCUCUUCAUUGACUCCUUGCGACACAGUGAUCUGCAGAGCACAGGCUUCCAGUGCAGUGACAUGGACAGCUUCCGCCAGGGCCUGUGUCUGAGCUGCAAGAAGGGCCGUUGCAACACUCUGGGCUAUGACAUCCGCAGGGACUGGUCAGGCAAGAGCAAGAAGCUCUUCCUCAUUACCCGAGCCCAGGCCCCCUUCAGAGUUUAUCAUUACCAGUUCAUGAUCCAGUUCAUCAACCAAAUUGAGAAGCCAGCAGAGCUCACUUUUACCAUGUCACUUCUGGGAACAAAAGAAGAAACGAAGAAGAUUCCCAUCACACUGGGUGAAGGAAUUACCAGCAAUAAAACCUACUCCCUCCUUAUCACGCUGGACAAAGACAUCGGCGAGUUGAUCGCGAUCAAGUUCAAGUGGGAAAGCAGUGCGGUGUGGGCCAAUGUCUGGAACACGGUGCAGACCAUCAUGCCAUGGGGCAUAACACCUCACAACUCGGGCCUCCUUCUGAAGACCAUCUGGGUCAAAGCUGGAGAGACACAGCAAAGAAUGACAUUUUGCCCUGAAAAUGUGGACGAUCUACAGCUUCACCCCACCCAGGAGAAAGUCUUGGUGAAGUGCGAAGUGAACUCAAAAAGACUGAAGCGAAAGAGUAGAUGA